AUGGGUCGAGAUAGCCGCAUUUCGGCAACGAAGCCGAUUUUCGCAACAUUUCUUUUAUCCAGCCUGCAUUUUCCGUUUUGGAAGCGAUACUCAUCUACAUCUACGCCUUUGCAUGGACCAGAACUCUUAACACCAUCAUCGACGUCUACUGCAGCGCCCGUCAAAGGUGCGACGGAAAGCAGCGUCGUUCGGCUAGGGCCAGAUACUCUGCGCUGUACACAAUGCUCAACCGAUCUGGCACUAAAGAGCCAGAUUGUUUCCAAAGGCUUCACAGGCCGCCACGGCAGAGCACUGCUUGUUGCCCCCCCACCAGAUGUUCCCGACGGAGGGCUGGCUAACAUUCGCAUCGGACGUUCUGAGGACAGACAGCUAGUAACCGGCUGGCACGUUGUCGCUGAUAUUUCGUGUGUUAUUUGCUGUCGAAAGCUUGGAUGGAAAUAUGUUGAUGCGACAGAAAAAUCGCAGCACUACAAAGUCGGCAAAUAUAUAUUGGAGACCGAGAGGGUUACCUUAUACCGAUCGUGGGGGGAUGCCCCCAAAGGCUGUGAUGGCGCCUUGAAUAACUUCGACCAUGCGCUACAGAACGAAACCGAUGUUAGCUUUGAUUCGGAAGACGAAGACGAAUGUGAUGAUAUAUUUGCAGGGGUUUGGAACGCAGAUGAGGUUGCAAAACGGAGGGGCAUUUCUUCCACAUGGCGCAAUUCUGCUGCACCCACCGCCGAGGAAUAA